AAAAAAAAAAAAAUCCCUUAAAAAAAUAAAUCUUUGUGUUUGACAUAAAAAAAAAAUAAAUCCAUUUAAAAUGAUAAAAAAAUGUAAAUUGUAGAAGAGGAUAAAUAAAAAACUAAAGGAGGUUGGGUUUUGAGGUAAAAUUUCAGUGAGCGUAGCAAGAGUUAGAACAGAGAAAGACUGAAGAGAAGAAGGAAGACCAACUGACCAAGACAAAAGAAAAUGGAGAGUGGAACCUCGGCCGGCGAUGGCGACCCAACCAUAACGAUCCACGUCAAGUUCGGCGGCAGAUCAUUUCCGAUCCUCAUAUCUCCCGAUUCCACCAUUAAAGAACUCAAGUCCCUUCUCCAACCUCUCACCAACGUUCUUCCCCGUGGCCAGAAGCUCAUUUCCAAAGGCAAACUUUUGGUGGAUGGAAUGACGAUUAGGGAGUCAGAGGUCACGAAUGGAUCCAAGAUCAUGCUCAUGGCUGCUCACGGUUUGCACCAAGGGGACGGUCCUGUCCUUAAGCAAGCUCAGACUCGUCCAGUGUUAAGAGACGGAGAUGCUUCUAAAUCAGCAAAAGAAAGUAAGCCAAUUGAUGCUGAUAAAAUCAGGCGGGAUCUAUGGAAGGCAACUGGAGUUAUAGCAUUGUCUGAAUGCAACCUGCAGGCCAUACCUGAUGAAGUUUGGGCUUCUGGAAAUGUCAGACUUCUUGAUCUUAGUAACAAUGCUAUUGAAGAAGUGUCUUUCCCAGUUGGUUCCUUUCAUGUGCAGACAUUGUUGUUGAAUGCAAAUAAGAUAACAGAUGAAUCUCUUAGGUGGGAAGGAAUGGCAUCUAUGCGAAAUCUAACACUUCUUUCUCUGAAUCAUAAUCACUUAACUACUUUACCACCUGCACUGGGCGAGUUGACUUCACUUAAGCAACUUCGUGUUGCAAACAACAAGUUGACUAGCCUCCCUAACGAAAUAGGACUUCUGAGACAGCUUGAAAUUUUGAAAGUCAACUCUAACAGGAUAACCGAAAUAACUGCAUCCAUUGGGGAUUGCAGUGCUCUUAUUGAGGUUGAUCUGACAGCAAACCUUCUGUCUCAGUUGCCUGAUACAUUUGGCAAUCUGCACAAUUUGAAGUCAUUGCGUCUAGGUAACAACGGACUCAAGUCCCUUCCAUCCACCCUUUUCAAGAUGUGCCUACAGCUGACCACAUUGGAUUUACACAAUACUGAAAUCACAAUGGAUAUCCUUCGUCAGUGUGAAGGAUGGGAGAGUUUCGAUGAGCGUCGACGAUUGAAACAUCAGAAACAAUUGGAUUUUCGUGUUAUUGACUCUGCUGAUUUCGAUGAAGGUGCUGAUAAGAAGUGACUUCUGCCCUCUGAAUUGUCUAAGCUGUUGGUCGAAGCCAGCCAUUGUCUCAAAGCUAGAAGAAUACAGUAGGUCACUAUUAUCUUUUGUUGGAUGACCAUACUAUAUGUACAUUGUUUGAUACAUAUGAUAUCCAGAAACUAAAAAGGUUAAAAAUGAAUUACUGAUACACAAAUUCUUUGUAAUUGAAAUUAAGAACUUUUAACAAAUGGAAUGAUUGCGAUGUUAAUGCA